GCAUCGCCCUCGUGCGGCAGUGUUUGCUUACAUAGAAACCGUUCAGGGUCUUUGUUACCCAGAAUUCCGUUCCAUUCUCUUUCCUCUUUCUCUGCACUAGUCUGCUAGUAGGCAGAUAAUACCAAACGGCACUAUGGCAGCUCUCAGGCCACUGCAAAGGCCAAAGAUUGUCAAAAAGCGGGUGAAGAAGUUCAUCAGACAUCAGUCAGACCGUUAUGUUAAAGUCAAGCAAAACUGGCGAAAACCCCGGGGUAUUGACAACAGGGUGCGCCGGCGUUUCAAGGGCCAGAUGUUGAUGCCCAACAUCGGUUAUGGCAGCAACAACAACACAAAACACAUGCUGCCAUCUGGUUUCCGGAAGUUCCUGGUGCACAACAUCCGAGAACUGGAAGUUCUGAUGAUGAGUAACAAAACACAUGCUGCAGAAAUAGCCCACAAUGUGUCAUCUAAAAACAGAAAGCUGAUUGUGGAGCGUGCAGCUCAGUUGGCCAUUAAAAUCACCAACCCAAAUGCCAGGCUCCGCAGCGAGGAAAAUGAAUGAACUGUGCUCAUCUGUCUUCUUCUUGAAUAAACUAUGUAUACUUGUAAAUAGUAA